ACCGCCGCCGCUUCCGCUUCCCCUCCGCAGCGCUCCGGUGCCGCGGCGCACGUGGCGCCCCCCGCCCGCCGCAGCGAUGUUGGUGCUGUUCGAGACCGCCGCCGGCUACGCCAUCUUCAAAGUUCUGAAUGAGAAAAAGCUCCAAGAGGUUGACAGUCUGUGGAAAGAAUUUGAAACUCCUGAAAAAGCAAACAAAAUAGUAAAGCUGAAACACUUUGAAAAAUUUCAGGACACAACAGAAGCACUUGCUGCAUCCACAGCUCUUGUAGAAGGCAAACUCAGCAAGAACUUGAAGAAAAUUCUCAAGAAGAUAGUGGCAAAAGAUGCCCAUGAGCAGUUGGCUGUGGCAGAUGCCAAACUUGGAGGUGUCAUAAAGGAGAAGCUGAAUUUGAGUUGUAUACACAGUCCAAUGGUUACAGAGCUGAUGAGAGGAAUUCGCUCMCAGAUUGAAGGGCUUAUAACAGGGCUCCCUUCUCGAGAGAUGGCAGCAAUGUGCCUGGGUCUGGCACACAGCCUUUCCCGAUACAAGUUGAAAUUCAGCCCAGACAAAGUAGAUACCAUGAUUAUCCAGGCAAUUUCUCUUCUGGAUGACUUGGACAAAGAACUGAAUAACUACAUCAUGCGCUGUCGGGARUGGUAUGGUUGGCACUUCCCUGAACUGGGCAAAAUCAUCACAGAUAACCUGGCAUACUGUAAAUGUGUGAGGAAAGUUGGAGACAGAAGCAAUUUUGCUUCCUCUGAUGUUUCUGACAUCCUACCAGAGGAGAUUGAGGAGGAUGUGAAAGCUGCUGCUGAGAUYUCCAUGGGGACAGAAGUAUCAGAAGAAGACAUAAACAACAUAAUCCAUCUCUGUGAUCAGGUGAUUGAAAUCUCCGAGUAUCGGACACAACUCUAUGACUACCUGAAGAACAGAAUGAUGGCCAUCGCUCCUAAUCUCACUGUCAUGGUGGGAGAACUGGUGGGAGCAAGACUCAUUGCUCAUGCAGGUUCCCUCUUGAAUUUGGCAAAACAUCCAGCUUCAACGGUUCAGUURCUGGGUGCUGAGAAGGCGCUCUUCAGAGCACUGAAGACUAAAAGGGACACACCUAAGUUUGGCCUUAUCUAUCAUGCCUCCCUGGUGGGACAAAGCAAUACCAAAAAUAAAGGAAAGAUUUCUCGAAUGCUGGCAGCAAAGACUGCCUUGACUAUUCGUUAUGAUGCCCUUGGAGAGAACACCAGUGCUGAAAUGGGAGCUGARAACAGACUAAAAGUAGAGACGAGACUCAGGCUUUUGGAAGAGAGAGGGAUAAGAAGAAUAAGUGGCACUGGAAAAGCCUUGGCCAAGACAGACAAGUAUCAGAACAAGAGCGAAGUAAAAGUAUUUGACCCAUCUGGUGACUCUACACUUCCCGUUGUUUCCAAGAAGCGCAAAAUUCAGGAGGUGGAUGAACAAGACACAGAGGUUGCAGUGAAAGCAAAGAAGUUCAAAGCAGAGAUGAAAGAAGGGACAGCUGUAGAAGAUGGUGAACCUGUCAAAAAGAAGAAAAAGAAAAAGGAUAAGGAAAAAAACGCUGAAGAGGAGGAGAUACUGAGUGAGGAGCUCCCCACCAGCCCCACAAUUGAGAAUUCAGAGAAGAAGAAGAAGAAAAAAAAGAAAAUGAAAGGAGGUGAAGACUGAUGAGGAGUGGGGAAGAACACUGGCCCAUAGACAGCUGCUUUGGAGUAGCAUUUCUCAACAUAAUUUGUUUAGCCUCUUGUUGAAAACUAACUUCCCUGUGUUGCAAGAGRGCAAGGAGAUAAGUGUGAUAGCUGUCUUUUCCCUGGAACAGGAUAUCCUGGUGUCUCUGCUCAUUUAAGAGGAUUAUUGGUUUCUUCUUUUUAAAAGCUCACAAUAGAUCCUCUUUUCACAAGCAAUCUCCACUGAUAAGGAAUUAAAACAUUUUUAUGGAGGUUUUAUGUGUCUGUCUUUUAACUUGUUUGCUUGUUUUCUAUCCAAGAAAGUAAAGUUUUAAAGUUCUAUGUGUGUAAAUGUUCUGUUGCAGUUUAUUCUUUAAACAUUUCAAAGGUUGUAAUAUUCUUAAAUUCUCCAUAAAAUGGGUACAGGUAUCUAUGCAUAUUAUCAAAGAUAYAUUGAACUGCUGAGAUGUGUUAUUGUCUGCACUGUAGUUCUCUUGAUAAAGCCUUUUUAAAGCAUCUUCCAAAUGUUUUGGUUUUGUUGCACUGGCUGACAAGGUUCAGAUGUGUGUUUUGAACAAAUAUGAGGUAGCUUUCAAAUUGCUUCAUGGGGUUUUUGGCAACUUUCCUUACUUGAUUUUAAAAAAAUAACAAAAAAAACCUACCAAAAAAACCCCACAAUAAAAAACAAGGCAAAAUUGAUUCUUCAGCUAUCUGAUAACGAAGCAGAGAAGACAAGUGCUUUAUUAGUAGCAGAAAUCAGCUAUUUGCUAAUUCUGCUGUUCUUGUGGGAAUACAGAUGCACUGAAGUAGCAUCAUGUGAUCAAGACUCUAAAGGUCUUAUGGUGGAAAAGGAAACAAUUUUUUUAAACUAUUUUAAAUGAAUGCUUAGCAUUCAGUUUAUUAAUUAACAUGAAGUUAUUUUUUCCUAAGUGUAGUGGUAGAGUAUUACCUAAGCAAAAAUUCAGCUUCUUCAGCUAAACAUUUGGUAACUCUGCAGCCAGUAUGGUGGUGUUUUACUCUGGAAUAGAGAUUACUGAGCACAUCUUGGUACUGAACUGCUCCUGGCUUAUUGACUUGUUAGUGCAGGUGGAUAUAACCAAAUCCCUGAUGAGUUUGGUAACAAGUUAUUAAUGCACUAUUCUGCCACUAGCCAGUAUAUGAACUGCCUUUUUUUUUCCCUCAGGAAGGUUGUAGUGAGUUUAACUGCUCUAAUUGAGAUUGCCUGGGAAUACUGAGAUCAUUCUAGUUCAUUUGCUUUUUGCUAGACUAGUAAGAUGACUUUAAGCUGUAAUGUUUAAAUGGGCAGCAAAGGUAUUAAAAAGUAUUCAUAAUGACAUGGAAGACUUGA